UUGGCAAAUUGCCUUGCAUAUAACGGCAAUACUAACGGCAACAAAUAAUCCUCUCUUUGCGUGGUCAUUUGAUUGCUGCCCGCUGCAAACAAAAUUUCGACUCGCUUUUAAUGCAAAUUCGCAUACCUGCAGCCAUAUACAUGUGUGUGUAUAUAUGCAUGUAUUUGUGCAUUGGAAGAAGCAUAACAGAGAGGUUAAAGGACACAAGUUAUGGAAUUGCCCGCUAUUAAAUCAAAUUUAUAAAAGUUUAUUAUAAUUGUGUCGCAGACUUCAUAAAGUAUCUACAUGGACAUAAAGCAUCUACAUGUAUCUACAUAUAUGUAUGUAUGUAGUUUCUUGUUUAGGGCAACAAGCUGAGUUGAUGUUUAGCCUCUACAUAUGUCGGAAUCAAGCGGAUCGACUCAAUAUCUUAUUUGGAACAACAUAAAUAUAUUAAAUAUAUUUAACAAUGAGUUCUUCAAGAAAAAUCCCAAGACUCUCGGGGCCUGAAAAUCAUUAUGAAGAAAAAAUGGACUCAAUCAUGAACACGCUCUGUGAGCAAAAGGAGAUGAAGUGCCACGCAGACGAGGCGACGCUUGAGCUGACCUUUCCCCUUAAAUCGGACGAGGACCUGGCCGUAGCCGAUAUGGCAAUUCAAAAUGGAAGCCAACUAGUUUACAUAAAAGCGUUGAAAGAAUUAAUCUACCCAAAUGGCAUUCUCAAGCAGUUUAAAGAUAUAAUAUCGGAUGAGCUGGCCAACGGGUACAACGUGGAUGGGGUCCAAGGCAAAAAAUGCCUUAAGAACUACACACAUUUUUAUAAUGCGCUCUUAAGCUCAACUGAAGAAGACAAUGCCGAGGACCUCAUCAGAAGGGCGGUGUAUUUGGCAAAGAAACGCCAAUCGGAAAGAAAAUUGUUAAAGCAGGCGCAUAAUAUUUUAUAAAUAUUUAAAAUAAAUUGCCGAAUUGUUAUAGUUGACAUAUGUUGCAUAUUGUAUGUUAUACUUUGUGACAUUUAAUAAGUUGAUAAUCAAAGAAACAUGAUAUAUGAAAGUAAAAAAAUAAAUGUUAUGACUCAUAUUAUA